AUGGCGGCCGAAACUUUCGAUACCUCCUGGAUGUGGCAUCCCUCCUUUCGCGAGGAUGAUUCUUCCACUGCAGGUCGUUUUGUUCAUUUCCGAAAGAACUUCAUUGUUAAUGAAGAGCCACCCAAGACUUUGCGAAUCAAGAUCACCGCAGACACGCGAUACAAGCUCUAUAUCAACUGCCAACUGGUCUCGUUUGGACCUGUGAAGGGCGACGUCAACAUUUGGUUCUACGACGAGAUCGACAUUAGCCCCUACAUACACUCCGGCGACAACCGCAUUGCGAUACACGUCCUGAGACUCUUUUCCGGGACCUCGUAUGGCACUAGUUUUCCCCGAUUGGGAUCUGGAGGCGUCAAGAUUGCGACAAUUGCACAUGACACCAUGUGGUCCCCUCAGAUACAGAGCAGUACUCUUUGGGAGACAGCGGUCGACCUUUUCACAAAGCUGCGCAUCGAUGAGCCUGAAGACGAUUUUCUUCACGUUUACGAGAAGACAUCAAUACUUGGCUCUGAAGAUGUUACGUCUCUUGACUGGGUACCCGCGAUCAUUCUUCGGUAUCAGAGCUCGACCGGGGUCUCCGCGCCAUGGAAGCUAUCACCUCGUCUGAUUCCAAACAUGGAGAAUCAAAAAGUGCAGUUCACGACAAUCUGGAACGUGAAAAGUUGCAGGUCUACAGCUGCUUGGUUGGCAGCUGUAACCGACCAGAGCUCAGAGCAUGAGGACAUUCAUCUACCAGCGGGAACCAGUCAUCAACUUGACCUUGAGGCUCCGCACCAUAUCACCGCUUUUAUCCGUCUUCGGUUCAAGCGUCCUCUGAAGGGUGGAGCAACAGUAAUCAUCACAUAUUCUGAAGCCUACGAGGACAAGCCCGAGCAGAUUCCCUACUUACGACGAAAGGGAGACCGACGUGAUAAAAGCAAAUGCUUGAUCGGGCCUCGAGACAUCUUCGUUCUGAGAGGGCAUGAUUCGAAGCUUGACCUUGGAUAUCACGAGAGCGAGGACACAGAAGAGAUCUUGAUGCCCUUCCAUUGGCGCACACUUCGCUUCAUCCGGCUCAACAUCCAAGUUGGUUCUUCAGACUUGACCUGGCAAGGUAUUGAGGUCAAUAUGGUUCGCUAUCCCUUGGAAGUCUUAGGGGCUGUUAAGACGAGCUCGGAUGAUGGAAUUGCAGAAAAGCUCUACGAAACAAGCGUACAAACUCUACGAAACUGCAUGCAUGAUUGCUAUGAAGAUUGUCCAUUCUAUGAACAGCUUCAGUACGCCAUGGAUACACGGAGCUCAGCCCUGUUUACCUACUAUACAUCUGCGGAUGAUCGUCUAGCAAGGCAAGCUAUCAUUCAGCUCCAUAGCUCGUUUCAGCCGAGCAUUGGGCUAACAGCCAGCCGAGCACCAUCAAACCAGUUGCAAAUCAUUCCCCACUUCUCACUUUAUUGGGUUUGCAUGCUACACGAUCACUUCACCUUCUUCGGCGACAGGGAUUUCAUCAGGCCAUUUCUCCCCGUACUGGACGCCGUGCUAGGAUAUUUCCAUGCGCGCAUCAGUGAGAAAUUCGAUCUCGUCGCUCUUCCGAGUACAGAGGGUAUCUGGAAUUUUCACGAUUGGACUGAGCAGUGGCGUCCGUAUGGAAUUCCGCCGUCGGUAGUCAAAUCUGGCAUCUCCACGUAUACGAAUAGUCUCUACGCAUACACGCUCAAAAUGGCAUCACAGUUGCAGCUUGAAUGUGGUAGUCGACCAGCCCUUGCGGAGGAAUAUUCCGAUCGAGCAAGCCGCAUCGGCAACGCAGUCCAACGUCAUUGCUUUGACGGUCAAUAUUUCACCGACAGCCUCGCUGCAGAUUCAGACCCUAAUAUUGACCGCAGCCAGCAAAAUCAGGUCUGGGCGGUGCUGAGCGGUGCGGUGUGUGCUACCAAUGCCCAGUACCUAUUACGAAGGGCAUUGAACACCCUGAAUCACAGUGACUCAAUCAUCAAGACCUCUAUUUCGAUGUCAUUUUAUACACUGCGUGCCAUCAGCGGCGCUAGUGGCCCUUUGUACGACGAACUGUUCCACGAAUUCUGGCAGCCAUGGCGGGAUCAAUUGGCUUUGCAGUUGACGACCUGGGAGGAAGAUGAUGUCUCGCAUCGAUCUGAUUGUCAUGCCUGGGGAAGCGCUCCGAUUCAUGAGUUUCUGGCUGAGGUAGCGGGAAUACGGCCGGCAAAGCCUGGCUGGGAGGAGAUGGAGUUUACUCCCCGAAUUGGUCUUUAUCGCUCACUAGAGGCGGCAAUACCAUUCUAUAGAGAGGGGAGGGUAGCGUUGGCCAAGGUUACAUGGGCAAGAGCCGACUCAGAUACCAAGACACGGGUUUUCUUGAGCAUCACAGGACUAUCUCGGCCAAUCUCUGUUCAUGUAAGGCUCCCAGGCCAGGCGAUGGUGACGUUGGAUAGCUCAGAGGAGAUGUGUUUUAUUUGGAUGAAUUGUGAAAAUUAG